AUGAAAGUAUCGCAAGUUUUGAUUUCCGCCAUAUCUGUUUUCGGCAUCGCUAACGCCGCCAAUUCGUCCAACUCCUCCAGUAAUGCUGCUCCUGCCUUGCAUGCGCAAAACGGCCAGCUGCUGAACGCCGGUGUCGUUGGUGCCGUCGUAGGCGGUGCUUUGGCCUUCUUGAUUUAA